GAGGAACUGUUGGAGCAAUGUGAGAAGGCUUGGCCCAACAAUUCCUGGGAAGUGGUGCGAAACAGUAAAGGUCAGACGGUUGUGGAUGCAGCUCGUGUCAACCGCAAGGGUCAGGUGGUUGACUUUUUGUGCGAGCGCCUGGGCAUUGAUGUGAAGACGGUGAAGAUGCCAGAGCCAAAGAGCGUGAUUCAAGGUGGCGAUGAAUCUCCAGAGGCCCGUGCUCGUGCAGCACUGCUUGCAGCUGCCGGCGGAGUCCCCGCAAAUGCACCUGAAGCUCCGGCGCAGGCGCAGGCCCCAGAUGCCUCAGCCAUGCGCGAAGCAGUGGAGAAGCUGAAGUCCAACCCAGAGGCCGUGGAGCAAGCAAAGAAAAUGAUGGGAAGCAUGCCUCCUGGGGUUCUGCAAAUGCUUACCGGAGGUAAGAUCUCCGAAGAGCAAGCAAAGAAGGCAAUGGAUGCAAUGGCUGAUAUGAGCACCGAGGAUUUGCUGGAAAGGGCCGAUAUGGUAUCGAACAAGAUGGCCAAAGAGACCGUGCCCCCUGCAGCAAAGCCUGGCUCUAAGCCUGCCCGCUCAGUCGACUGAGUCUUUGGACUUGGCCGCAUGAUAUCCCAACGUCCUGCAUGCCGCAGCGUUGCUUUUUCUAAUUCCCGGUCCAUUUGUCCGUGCCCGGGACUUGAGGACAGUUGC